AUGAAGCCUGCUAAAGAAGAAGAAGAAAGCGGCAUGGAAGAGCCCCCAGAGGAGAGAGAUUCUGCUGCGAAUGAAGGAGGAGAGGAGAAAGAGGAGAAAGACGACGCAGAAAGCAACACUGGAAAGGCUGCUCUAAAUACUACAGAGGGAGAAUCCUCUGCUUCUGAUGGUGAGCCUGCUAAAGAAGAAGAAGAAAGCGGCACGGAAGAGCCCCCAGAGGAGAGAGAUUCUGCUGCGAAUGAAGGAGGAGAGGCGAAAGAGGAGAAAGACGACGAAUGCAAGCAAGAAGAAAAGGAGCUGGACAAAGCACAAGAAAAAAUAGAAAAAGCACAGGAAGAGCUCAACAAACUACAGAUACACGAAGAAGCUGCUGAGGCGAAGGAGCUAGAGAAACGAGCAGAUGCGAUUGCACAAACAGAGGCAGAAGAAGAAGAGGAUGAAAAACUCAGCGAAGAGAAGUAG